CGGGUAGCCCGUUUGCUAGCCGUGUGUGUGUGCGCGCGUUGAGUCAACCUGCAGUACGCGCAGCGGAGGCCGGCAGCGCUCCAGCCUGCUCAACCCGAACACAAAUAAGAAAGCAAGAUGAAUGUCGGCGUGGCACACAGUGAAGUGAACCCUAACACUCGUGUGAUGAACAGUCGGGGGAUAUGGUUGACAUAUGCACUUGGCGUAGGAAUGCUUCACAUUGUGCUGUUGAGCAUUCCUUUCUUUAGUGUUCCUGUUGUGUGGACCCUCACAAAUGUCAUUCACAAUUUUGGUAUGUAUGUGUUUAUGCAUGCAGUGAAAGGGACACCGUUUGAAACUCCAGACCAGGGCAAAGCAAGACUUCUCACCCAUUGGGAACAGCUGGAUUAUGGCGUGCAGUUCACAUCAUCAAGAAAAUUCUUUACUAUCUCACCAAUCAUUUUGUAUUUUCUCGCCAGCUUUUACACAAAAUACGACACAGCUCAUUUUGUGAUAAACACAGCUUCCCUAUUGAGCGUUUUAAUCCCAAAACUGCCACAACUCCAUGGGGUCAGGAUCUUUGGAAUAAACAAGUAUUAAGCCCAGUGUUGAGAAGGCACAGAUCGACACAGAGCUGUUGCCUGAUAUGGCAAAGAAGAUAAACCCUUUGUACUUUGUACCAGAGUUGUGUACAUUUAACAGUUUUGUACAGUCUGUGUAAUUGUGAGUCUUCUUGUUUGAUAUAUCUUGAGUAAACCACUGUUGGGAUAUGUUAGGAGGAUGAUUCCACAAGCAUUAUUAACUUAAGAUAUUUAAUGUGUUUUUGUUAGAUGUUUUGUGUUCCCUUUAGAUCUGGGCUGGCCCAGGUUUCGUGUUAUUUUUUUUGGUUCACAUGUUUUUGUUUGUUCGGAUAACACAGAUACACUGAGAUUAAUGCUUUUACUGUCAUUUCACAUUUCUAAAUACAUUUUUUUGUUGAUACCAUGAAUUAACAAAAUGUGUUUUUAAAAUAUCAUGUAACCGUUUAGCUGGUUCUUGAGUUUUCUUUAAAUUGUCAUUGCUUUAUAGAGAAAUGAACUUUUCAUUUUCAUUUAAGCAAUUUGCAUGAUUUCCUGAAAGGUAUAUGUUUAGUCACACUAUUAUGUAUAGUUUUAUAAAUUAGUUUCAUUCCUUACAUCUUAGAAGUAACAAUGAAAAAAAUUGUUAACAUUAACAAACCUUUAGUAUGUAGGUUAUUUACCUAUUCAAUAAAGUCAACAUGAAAUCAAAAGACUUUCAUCAUGCUAUAAUAACUUGCCCUACUUUUUCCCCCCAACCCCCUGGUACCAUUCUGCGAAGUCCUUAUGUAAUUAUGUGUUGUUAUGUAAUUCUGACAUGUUUUAAACUGUUGUAAACAUAAUGUUGUAUUAUGUAAAUGCUAUUUCAUGUUGACUUUAUAGAGUAUAUAGUUGUGAAACUCUAAAACAUUACAAAACUUGGCCACAAAUUGUCCAGUUUCUUUGGUCUAAACAUCUGUAUCCUUCCACUGUUUCUUAUUGUCUCCUGACAAUAUCUAAGGUUGAAUUGUGCCAAUUGUUUAUUUUUCCUUUUGUUUUCAAGAGGUAUGGACAUAGUACGUUAUGUGAUGUAUGACAUGCUACAAACAAAUAAACUUUGCAAGGUAUUAGAAA